UUUUCAGAAUAUUUAUAAUAAUUUUUAAAAACAUGAGUGAAAACACUUCAGAGCAACUUCCACCCCUCUCGAAGGAGGAGGUGGAGGAGAGAUUGAACAAGACCCAGCUUACAUUAGAAACAAAGCAAGCUUUUGCUUUGAAUUCUUUGCUUUCUGGGUCAUCAUUUCGGUUCGAUCUGUUUGAAUCAUCUAAGAAAAAGGUGAAUUCAUCGUGGAAAAAUACUAAGAAGAAAUCUACUAAGACCUCUAAGCCGCCUGAAUAUUACCAUAUUCCUCCUGCUGGGGUGGAUGAGUUUACUUCUAAUGUUCCUGGAUCCAUGAGCUCAAUGAAUGAUGCUGAGAUGGAUCAAUAUGACCUUGAAAAUAGCAUGGGAAGACGCACAUCUAGAAGAGAACGUAAGCCUGCUCAUAAGCAAGAUCUUGGAUACGAAGAGCCUAAGCCUAUAAAAGGAGUCAAACUUUCCGGUGCUUCACGAGAGAUCUUCAGGAAAUGCGAAGAGGUGAUCAACAGCUUGAAAGAGACUUUUACAAGAAUCCCUGAGUUAGCUCCUCAUUCUUCCCAAUUCGAGGAAGAAAUCAACAGCCUUCGUGAUGGCAAAUAUCGUAACACUGAUAUGUUAGGGGCCUCGAUCAGGAAAUUCCUCAACGUAAUGAUUGCCAAAUUUGCUGAGAAUAUAUUCAUGUCAAAGAGAAUGGUGGAGCUUGUCAACACUUUUGAAGAUAGCUUCGCAAUGCUUGAUAAUAAAGUUCUCUACGAGGAAACUAAAACUGAUUCUUAUAUUGCCAGGAAGAAGUCAGGCUCUUUUGGCGGUAAGAAAAAACUAGUGAGACCCGGAGGUAGAUCUGAUAGUGAUUAUGACAGACCGAUGAGCAACGAAGAGAAGAAAAAUCUGAGCAGAGCUAUCAGAAGUUUACAUCCCAUUCAGCUCAAAGGAAUUAUUUCCAUUGUUAAGGAUAUGUUUCCUGAGAAAAAUGGAAUGCUUGAGUUUGAUAUUGAUAUUCUUCCUCCUCGUAAGUGUAGAGAGCUAGAAGGAUAUGUCAUGAGAGCCAAGAAUGAAGGCAAGAAACCUCAGAGAUUAGGGGGUAUAAUCACCCCUACCAAUCUUUCAAGACAGAAAAGUGGAGGCCCAUUCCCUCCUAAAGGAAGACAAAUGGGAAACACGGGAAAUCUUGGCGCAAAGAACGAUGAAUAUGGCCGAAAAGGAGGGAUGCCAUACAGUAUGAGCAACAAAGGAGGUUCAUAUGCUCCAGACAUGGCACAUUUAUCAAGCGAUUCAGACUCAGAUUCAUCAAAUAGCAGUGGGAAGAGUGAUGGAGUGUAAGCGCCUACUUCCAAAUUGUAUUUCAUAACUAAUUAACUUAAGAUU